UGAGCAACCUUGACUAGUUGAACGUCCGAUAGCUCGUAAUUCGCAAGUCUAGCUUCUCCAAUCUGUGUGUGCAAGCUUUACCGCUUCGAAUCUUAGUUCGCGAUCGCCUCAUGGACGGCGAAUUGAAGUCGUUCUUUCGCGAAGCUUCGGCGACGGAGCCCGUGGUGUUCGUGAAUGGCCAGCGAUUCGUUCUCCCCGCAGGUCACGCCGACACCACGCUGCUGCAAUUCCUCCGCGACAGGGGCCUGACCGGUACGAAGCUGGGGUGCGGGGAGGGCGGAUGCGGGGCGUGCACGGUCAUGGUGUCGCGGGUAGAUGGGGAUGGGGGAGCUAGUUCAAUCCGCCACUGUGCAGUGAACGCGUGUCUAGCUCCCCUAUAUUCAGUGGAGGGAGCGGCCGUGGUGACGGUGGAGGGGAUCGGCAGCACGCGGAGCAGGCUGCAUCCGGUGCAGGCGGCGCUGUCGUCCUCUCAUGGGUCGCAGUGCGGUUUCUGCACGCCAGGAUUCGUCAUGUCAAUGUGCGCCCUCCUGCGCGCCUCUGCCUCCAAGGCCCGAGCUACUGCUGCUGCUGGGGUUGCCACUCAAAAAUCACCUGUGGGAGAUGGGCCACUCUCUGGGACGUCACACCCAUCCUCCUCCUCCUUGCUGCCGUCAGAGGCUGAGAUAGAGGAGGCUAUCAGCGGCAAUCUCUGCCGCUGCACCGGCUACCGCCCCAUUCUUGAGGCGUUUCGCACCUUUGCUCGCGCGGAUGCUGCUGCCUAUGCCGCUGACGCUACUGCUGGCGCUGCUGCCUAUGCUGCUGCUGACGCCAAAGCAGCGGAUGCUGAUGGAUGCACGGAUGGUUGUAACGCAGUUGGUGAAGUAUCGGCUGCUGCUGGUUGUGGAAGAACGGGGGAGGAGAAUGGGGCAAUCUGCCCUUCCACUGGCCUGCCCUGUGCAUGCGGGAAAGUUUCGUCUGCCCGAAGGAACGAGGGAACGUGCUGCAAAGGUGGUGCUUGUGGUAGUAGCUGUGUUGCUGCUGCUGCUGCUGGUGGGGGUAAAUGUGCUUCUGGUGUUAAGUGUGGUGGUGCUUGUGGUGGCAGUAGCUGUGCGGCCGCAGCAGCACCAGCAGUGGAGGGACUGGAGUUCGAUCUGCUGGGCGUGUCGGAGCCUAUCUUCCCCCCCGAGCUACUGAAACGGUCCCAGGAGCAUCCCAUGCCGCUGUGCCUUGGGGAUACCACUUACCUGCUGCAACAGCAGAACUCUGCUACUACCACCAGCAAUAUUGACUCCACUGCUACUACCACCACCAGUGCGAAUUCCACCACCAGCAGCAGCAGCAGCAGCAAGGAGAGGAGCCGGGCGGUGUGGUUUCGGCCAGUCACGCUGCGACAGCUGUUGGCUCUGCGAGCAGCCUUCCCUGCAGCGAAGCUAGUGGCGGGGAACACAGAGGUCGGCGUGGAGAUGCGUUUUAAAGGACUCAGCCCUCCAGCCUACAUCCACGUGGCAACCAUCCCUGCUGUCUCAGCCAUCAGCCAGUCAGAGCGCGGCAUUACUGUAGGAGCAGGAGCUUCUCUCUCCUCCCUGCGAGCAGCCAUGCUGGCAGCAGUGGGGUGCAUGCCGGCUGAGAAGACUGCUGUCUGUGCUGCCAUAGCAGAGCAGCUGAGGUGGUUCGCUGGAGUGCAGAUCCGCAACGUGGCAACGCUAGCUGGUAACAUUGUAACAGCCAGCCCCAUAUCCGAUCUCAACCCCAUCCUCAUUGCUGCCAACGCAACACUCCACCUCGCCAGGCUGGCACCGCAGGCCGCUGACGUGGCUGUUGUUGACGUUGCUGCCAGUGCUGACGUGGACAAGGCCCAGCCGUCCGCCUGUCCAAUUGAGGAGCGACAGGUGGCAGCACGGGAUUUCUUCAAGGGGUACCGGAAGGUGGACCUGAGGGAGGGGGAGGUGCUAACUGCCGUGUUCAUUCCCUGGACCCGGCCGAACGAGCACAUCAUGGCAUACAAGCAAGCGCACAGGAAGGACGACGAUAUUGCUCUGGUCAACGCUGCUCUGCGCGUGCUGCUUACCCCCGCCAGCCAAGACGCCCCCCCUACAGUUCUCGACUGCUCCCUGGUCUUCGGGGGCGUGGCAGCAACAACAGUUUCAGCCCACCGCACACAGCAGUGGCUGCAGGGAAAGCCAUGGUCUCAGGAGACUCUUCAGGGGGCCCUUGAGGUGCUUCGAGAGGAGAUAGCCAUACCUGGGAAUGCACCUGGCGGCAUGCCUGAGUUCCGGCGCUCCCUCGUCUCGUCCUUCUUCUUCAAGUUCUUUCUGCUCGUGGCGCACCGGGUUACCGCUCAACUGCAGGCGCAGCCGCAAUCAGGAGCACAGGCAGAAGCAGCAGCAGAUGCAGCAGCAGCAGAGGCGGAAGCAGAUGCAGAAGCAGAGGCGGAUGUGGCAGCAGGCUCAGGCACAGGGAAAGGAGAGAAAGGCACCAUCACCACCACCACAACGGGUGCCACCACCACAACCAUAACCAGCGUCAACACCAGCAGCAGCAGCAGCAGCAGCGGCAGGGAUGCAACCACCGUGUGGCCGCCCCCCUCCUUCCUCUCCGCCUUGGACACCCUCCCUCGCCCCUACCCCCGCGGCAUGCAAGCCUGGGAGGCGAGGCCCCUGGCAGAGGGGGCUGCUAGUGAGGGAGGAGGGGAGGAAACAGGGCAGGUGGUGGGUGUGCCGGCCGUUCACCUGUCUGCUGACCUUCAGGUGACAGGAGAAGCAGAGUAUGCAGACGACACCGCCCUUCCACCCUCUGCUCUGCACGGCGCUCUAGUCCUCAGCACCCGCCCGCACGCCCGCAUCCUCUCCGUCGACCACUCAGAAGCUGCCACCUGUCCCGGCUUCGUGGGGAUCUAUGGGUCUGAGGACGUGCCCGGUAGCAACCGGUUCGGUGCGGUGGAGCACGAUGAGGAGGUGUUUGCGAGUGACACUGUGCACUGUGUGGGGCAGAUCAUUGCAGUGGUCGUAGCAGACAGUCACGACAAUGCUCGGGCAGCUGCAAAAAAAAUCCAUGUGACCUACGAGGACCUGCCCGCCACGCUCACCAUCCAGGAAGCCGUCGCCUCGGGCAGCUUCCACAAAUUUCCGUUCUCGGGCGGCCUGACCGAAAGAAACCUCUUGAGAGUCCCAACCCCAGCGACCAAGACCGAAGCUGAUGAGAAAAACGACACUGAAGCUGAGAAAAAAAACGCCCAGUCAAUCGCCCCCCGCGUCGGCGCCUCCGUCUCCCCUGCUGACGUGGAAACCGCCCUCGCUGACGUGUCACAAUGCCCGUUGGUAGCCGAGGGCGAGGUGGCGAUGGGUGGGCAGGAGCACUUCUACCUCGAGCCCAACAGCUGCGUGGUCUGGCCAGUCGACGGAGGAAGGGAGGUCCACAUGGUGUGCUCCACCCAAGCCCCCACGCACCACCAGAAGGACGUGGCUUCUGUGCUGGGGAUACCCAUGCAUAGGGUUGUAUCGCGGGUGAAGAGGCUCGGAGGGGGGUUUGGAGGGAAGGAGACUCGGAGUGUGCUGGUGGCUGCUGCGGCGUGCGUGCCGGCGUGGCGGUUGAACCGGGCUGUGAGGAUCAUGCUGGAUAGGGACGAUGACAUGAAGGUCACGGGGCAGCGACACCCCUUCUAUGGGAAAUACAAGGUGGGGUUCACCCAUGAAGGUCGACUCAACGCUCUCCAAGUUCUCCUCGUCUCCAAUGCUGGCUGCACCCUGGAUUUGUCAGCAGCCGUCUUAGAGCGAGCCCUGUUCCACUGCGACUCAGUCUACGCGGCCCCUUACAUGCACGCCAAGGGGCACAUGGCGAGGACCAACCUGCCGUCCAACACGGCUUUCCGGGGGUUUGGCGGGCCGCAGGGGAUGAUGGUGAUGGAGAGUGCGAUAGACCACGUGGCGAGGAGUGUUGGGAAGACUCCAGAGGAAAUCAGGUUUCUGAACCUGCAACCUGAAGGCUACACUCUGCACUUUGGCCAGCUGCUAACCCACAACCCGAUGCACCGAAUCUGGACACAGCUGCUGCACUCGUCCUCGUUCGAAGAGCGAAGGAGAGAGGUCGACUCGUACAACAUGGGGAGCAGAUGGAGGAAGAAGGGGCUAGCAAUGAUCCCCACCAAAUUCGGCAUCUCUUUUACGGCCAAGUUUCUCAACCAGGGGGGUGCGCUGGUGCACGUGUAUACGGAUGGCACAGUGCUGGUGACGCAUGGCGGCGUGGAGAUGGGGCAGGGGCUUCACACCAAGUGCGCCCAGAUUGCCGCUCAGACGCUGGGGGUGCCACUAUCCUCCGUGUUCAUUUCUGAGACGAGCACGGAUAAGGUCCCCAACACCUCGCCCACAGCAGCAUCAGCAUCAUCUGACAUCUACGGGCGGGCGGUUUUGGAGGCAUGUGAGGAGAUCAAGCGGAGGAUGGAGCCAAUCAGGCAGCAGUACCCGCAGGAGACGUUCGGGCAGGUCGCUGAUCGCUGCUACAGGGAGCGCGUCAACCUCUCAGCCCAAGGCUUCUUUGCCACCCCCAACAUCGGCUUUGACUGGGCCACAGCCGACGGCUCCCCCUUUGCGUACUUCACGUUUGGAGCAGCAGUGGCGGAGGUGGCAGUGGACGUGCUGACAGGGGAGUGGGUGGCUCCGCGAGUUGAUGUCUUGAUGGACGUGGGGCGGUCGUUGAACCCGGCUAUUGACAUUGGCCAGAUCGAAGGAGCGUUCGUCCAGGGUAUGGGGUGGUCGGUCAUUGAGGAGAGCAAGUGGGGGGACAGCGCUCACCCAUGGGUGGCGCCCGGUUCUCUCUUCACGUGUGGCCCGGGCACGUACAAGAUUCCUGCUGCUUCCGACAUUCCCACCGACUUCAGAGUCACUCUGCUGGCGGACUCCCCCAAUCCCCAUGCAGUGCUCUCUUCCAAGGCGGUCGGCGAGCCGCCUUUCUUCCUUGGCUCAUCCGUCAUGUGGGCACUAAAAGACGCCGUCUAUGCUGCCCGGAAGGAUGCCGGCCACAGUGGCUUCUUUCGUCUCGACUCUCCAGCCACCCCUGAGAGAAUCCGCCUCACGUGUGCAGAUGAACUGACAGAGCCCUUCUGUGGGCCAAAUACAGUGCCAAGGCUCAGUGUGUAACCAGCCCACGUGUAACUCGCAGCUGUUGUGCGUGGCAUCCAUUGUUAUUAGUGAUACUGUACUUCUGUGGAGCUCCCAAGCCGUAGAGGAAUUCUGAGCUUGUAUACAUUGUAGAAAUAGCUUCUUUGCUGAUAGAGAAAAACCAGAGUUGAGUUGUGUGGGGUCUCCAUCAAAUUCCUGAUAACUUAAUGUCAAGCGUAGUCAGCCGCACACUG